AUGGCGACAGCGAACGACUCUCCCUCUGAGCCUGUGGUCAGUGACGAGAAUCCCGCGACGGGACAAGCCCAUGGCCUGCCAACGCCAGAAUCGACCCCGGGGCCCGACGCAGCCCGGUUGAAGGAAGACGAGAAGAGGCAGCAGGCCAACCUUCAACCUACUGUGGAAGUUGACCCAGGAACUCCGAAGCCUUCCGGAGAAGAGGGGAACAAUGGGGCCACCAAGGAGCAGAUUGAUGCCGUAGAGACCGUGAUGAAAUGCCCGGGUACCGAUUACCGACAGAUUCUUGGCCUUGGAGACGAAAAGCCAGAUAGAGAAGAGGAGUUGAGAAUGGUGAUGGCGGCCUUCGAGAAGCUUGGAUGCUUGACCCAUGAAAAAUAUAACAAGGCAAAUCAAGCUGCGGAGGCAUUUCUCAGAGUCAACGAGGCGGCAAAGCACCUCGGGAUCAACGAAGCCGCCAUCGCGGAGAUGAAAGAUUGGGAUGGCGCAGGGGGCAUUCUCACCGUGCCAGUAAAUGACGCAAGCCACGAGGGCUCCGGUCGGGAGCCAUCGAACGGACAAGACGCGGACAUGGAAGACUCUACCCAGCCGACGAUCCCACAAAUGACCGAUGAUCACCGCAAAGUGUUUUCUGUCGCGGGGGGGCUGCUGCAAGUCGUCUGGGACAGUCCCGAUGACGAGAGAGCGAUCAACGGCCUACAAGAGGUGAACCGAAAGAUAGUGGAGAUCAACACAGCGAAUGGCUUUCCUAACUCAACUCGAUUCGUGGUCGAUUUCGAAGUCUAUCAAGGGGUGUCCAAGAAGGCGCUCCCUCUCUUAGCUCAAUGGAAGCAAAAUUCUGACGAAAAGGCUAAGGAGGAGCUCGAGGCGAUGAACCAGUGGCUGGACAACUUCAUUCAGGAGCGCGGUUACCCUACAGAUUGGAAGAUCGACAUACCACAGCCGUCCACGCAGUCCAUCCCACCGAGGCCUAGGCAGUCAACUGCCUCAACAGAAGCCCGCCCAACUACCCCAACAGAAGCUCGAGCUCGAUCAGGGAAGUUGCCAAAAUCCCUGGCUUUCAAUGAAAGGGAAGGAUACGUCCUCGAAGGAGGGGCCGAGAAGGAACUGUACGGUUACAUCAGGGCGGGAUAUGGUCAUCGAGUCUUGCUUCGACGAGACGGUCGCAACGGGUACGACAUCUUCGAGUUCGUCCGGGCGAGCAAAUUUGGGAAGAGCUUUGUUGAGAGGAACCAGCAGAACCGACUUCGAUGA